AUGCGCGACAAAUUGUUCCGCCUCUCUUCUUACUCCCAUCUACAUGUCCACAUGGUCACAACAAGAGGAAUGCGACGGGCAGUGGAUGUGCCACCACCGAGCGAAUCUGAUCCCACCGCCACUCACGCAGUAGUGACUGUGGCUAAGCCCAUGGUGAAUCAGAAACAACAUGGUAGGCGUCGAAAAGAAAUGCCACCGCCUGAGAUCAUCAACCCCCUUCCUGUGGGCCUGGUGGUUGAGGAACCAAGUGAGCCCCAGGUUGUUUCCUCGGUUCCUGCCCUUGUUUCCCCCAUUCUCGCCCCCAUUUCUCCUAUUCUCGCCUCUGCCGCUGACCCUCCCAUCGUGAGGAAGACCAGAAAGCCGCGCACUAAAGCCAAAGCAAUUGAGGCUGACCAAACAGAGCAGAUCGGCAUUCCAGAGUACACAUUUGCGGUUGCAAAUGCGCGAAUAAUUCAAGAAAUGCCUAAGGCACCCAGCAGUCCUGCCACUUUGGGCGCAGUUAACCCAAAAGAAGUUAUAAAUGUCAAGCACGAGAACAAAAAGCUGCAAGUUGCAGCGAAAGUUUCCGCAGUCAUUCCUGACUCCGAUUAUGCGAUGAUGAGUGAACUUGAAGAUCUAUCUAGUGAUGAAUCUGAGAUCACUGGUGCGCUGGGCACAGACGAUGCUCCGGCGCUAGUCCAAGAGGAGGCAGUUGAAGACUACAUUAUAGACUUCGAAGUUGAGACUGACGAUGUCGUCAAACUUCUUCGACUACCCAUAUCUAUGUCAUGGUGGACAUUCCAGGAUCAGAUUGCCGAGACAAUGGGCUGCCAUGAGACCCGGCUACGCUUGGGCUAUAGGCUCAGCACUGCAAGAGCGGGAGAGAAGGCACACAGCCUCGAGACACUGGACGAGUAUUCCGAAAUGCAACAAGAAAUAGUCUCAGAAUGCGAGAAACAGGUGGUCCUCCAGAAAAAGGCGUCCAAGAUGAAGCCUCCGAAGGCGUUGAAAGUGUUGAUUAAGGACAGGCGAAAUAAGGCUGAAAAAAAGACCAUCGCGAAACCAAAAACCGCCUCAAAAACUUCUUGUGCUAAGCUCAACAAUAGUGCCGAUCCAGACUUGGUCGAGUCCACAUCGGCAACAGCUCACUUUGUGGGCAAUUUCCAUCGAAUUGCACUGUGCAACCCUCUCAGUUCCUCCUGA